AUGAGUUCUCGGGGCCUCGUGGUCGGGAGAGGCCAUUUUUCUGAAACAACCACCAGAUACUGGGCUAAACGGAUCAAGGUAAUAGAAUUUGCUCUGUACAUGAAGCACGAAAGCUGCAUGUUGAACCUGGGGAACCAUGGAGCAAAGGGUGCCUUUCUUCUCGAAGGCCGCCGGUCAUCCCUGUGCCUUUUCUUUCCUUUCUCCGCUCUUCACAUCCGCUUCACCGUGUCGUGGAUCCUUGAGGUUGUAGGUUCGAGUCUCCGCGUACGCUUGAGCAAUACCGUUCAUAGUGUGAAGUGCUGCAGCAAAAUGCCCAGCUGUACAAACAGCUCCAGCACUACAGAUUCCGGUCAAAUAAGCAAUUAACAGAAGUAAUGCGUGCGGUGUGGCGAUGAGCCGCUUCACUGUCCAUGGUGCUGACACCAGUCGUGUUGUCGGGAGAGUUAUUCGCCUGCAAAUGCUGCUGCACGUGCCGCCGCGGUCCGCUUCUCAGCAGCGCGCGCUUCUCUGAGGGACACAAAUGGGGAGGCGAGCGCUGCUCCCCACGGCUAACCGCCAGUUAGCGGCGUGUUCUGGACGGACACACGCACACAGCCGCUAAAUUUAAGAUGUGAGCAGUUGCACGACUGACUGAAUGAGUUCCUCAAAAAGCGUCUCCAUCAUGAGCUGCAGGGACAGUCGGAGAAACAACUUGUGUCGUGCGAGGAUGUCGAGUCCCGCGCUCCACCACUUACUAACUAACUAACCAACCAACCAACCGAACCUUACCAAGCCAACUCUGGCUCUGGAAUGUGGCAAAUCAGAAAAUGGACGUCACGUUAAAGCGUCGAAAUGACACCUUGGCUCAUUUCUGCUCGAACUGCUGUGUGAAGAAGUGCCAGUUUAAGUUGGCUAUUUUAAUGCUAAUUAGCAGCUCUCCGGCCUGGACGCCCUUCGUCUUCUCCUUCCCCUUCCGCGGUUUCCUGCGGCUCUCGCGCUGUGACGUGGCCGCUGACGGCGGGACCGCGCUGCUCGAGCUCGGCUGUGCGCGCGGAGCUCCGAGACGCUCGGCCCCUCCCUCCCUGCGCUCAGGCGGCCCGCCCCGCGCGCACCAGCUGCCGCUCGCGCUCUGCCCGAGUCUGGGGGAACUGGAACGGCCUGCGACUGCGUCCGAAAGACGAGAGGCCGUCGUCCGCCACUAUCUGGACUUGACACAGAUGAGGUUUAAAGACAAUGGAUGAAGAUAUGACGGGGCUUGCUCUCCAUUCUGAGGAGCCAAAGAUCAUAUUCCACGGCUCAGGUGAAGGCAGUGCCGAGGGGGAGGAGAUUGUGGUCGAGCUGCAAGAGACGGUCUUCGUGUCAGAUGGCGAAGGCCAGGAGGAGGCUCUACAGGGCCUCAGCCCGGAAGAGCUGGGUUCAGUUGUUAUCCAGGAUGCCACGGAGGAUGUGGUAGCUGAGUAUGUGCAGUGUGCAGAUGAAGAGGAUGAUGGCGUGGGACUGGGGGCGGCUGUUGCCGUGGAGACCUGCCUUAUGUCGUCAGAAGGCAUGGCUGUGGAAGAAGGGCUUCGAGUGGAUGUGGUGCCAGAGGAGGUGCUGGAGGCAGAUAGCCCUGGCCAGGAAGGGCAAGGAACCUGUGAAGACUACCUGAUGAUCUCCUUGGAUGAAGCAGGGAAGAUUGUUCCUGCUGGUGGGGCAGGGAUGGCUAUGGAAGGAGCAGUAGAGGACCAGAGCGAGGGAAAGGAAGUCAUUAAAGUGUACAUCUUCAAGGCCGACUCUGGAGAAGACGAUUUGGGGGGUGCUGUGGACAUAGCUGAUGGCCAGAUUGAAGGCGAGGCGGGAAUGGAGCUGCUGGGAGGUGUAAGACGUCCUGUUCGAGAAAAGAUGGUGUACAUGUCAGUUGACGAUGCCCAUCAGGAUGAAGCUGACCUAGGUGUGGGGAAGAUGGCAGAUGAAGUAUACAUGGAAGUGGUGGUUGGUGGUGAUGAGGCAGUGGCUCAUGACCGUCCAUAUGACGGUACCACCCUGAGGAAGGAUUUCGUGCCUGUGGCUUGGGCUGCUGCCUAUGCAGGAGCAGACAGGAACGAGGUCCAUGAGACCCGAAAUGGUGCAGCAAGUGCUCUGCUCCACAUUGACGAGUCAGCUGUGGAAUCGGGUGAACCUGACAAGGUUGCCAGGGAGCACAACAAAAACAAGAGACGGGUCGAACCUCGGCAGAUCCAGACUGCUAUAAUCAUUGGGCCAUAUGGACAGCCUCUCACUGUCUACCCCUGCAUGCUUUGCGGCAAGAAAUUCAAGUCACGGGGUUUCUUGAAGCGGCACACCAGGAACCAUCACCAAGAUGUGCUGAACAGAAAGAAAUACCAGUGCACGGACUGCGAAUUCACCACCAAUAAGAAGGCUAGUCUUCACAACCAUAUGGAGGUGCAUACGCUCAGCAGCAAAGCCACGCUGGAGUGUGAGGAAUGUGGCAAGGAGUUCCACCAGCAGGCGGCGCUCUACACCCACAGGCUGCAGCACUGCAACGCUAAGGUGCAAGCGGCAGCCCCAGCCACCAAAAUGCACAAGUGUAAGUUCUGUGACUAUGAGACAGCUGAGCAGGGACUGCUCAAUCGACACCUUCUGGCUGUCCACAGCAAGAACUUUCCUCAUAUUUGUGUUGAAUGCGGCAAGGGCUUUCGGCACCCCUCUGAGCUGAAGAAGCACAUGCGGACACAUACAGGGGAGAAACCAUACAGUUGCCUCUACUGCGACUACAAAUCAGCAGACUCAUCCAACUUGAAGACUCAUGUCAAGACAAAACACAGCAAGGAGAUGCCAUACAAGUGUGACCGUUGCUUCCAGACCUUCCCUGAAAGGGAGGAGCUUCUGCAGCAUGCGCUGACACAUGACGAGGCCAAGUCCCACCAGUGCGCCCACUGCGAGCACAAAAGCUCCAACUCCAGCGAUCUCAAGCGCCACGUGAUCUCAGUACACACCAAGGACUACCCACACAAGUGCGGCAUUUGCAGUAAGGGCUUCCACCGGCCGUCGGAGCUGAAGAAGCACUCAGCAUCGCACCGUACCAAGAAGCUGCACCAGUGCCGGCACUGUAGCUUCAAAAUUGCGGACCCCUUUGUGCUUAGCCGCCACAUCCUCUCAGUCCACACCAAGGAGCAGCAACAGGCCAUUCCUGAGAAGCGUGCAAAGAGGACCUUUGGGGGGGUGGCGUCAAGUGCAGCAGGCAAGAAGGGAGGAGCCAAAGCACACCGGGAAAGGCGGGUCUACCAGUGCCAGUACUGUGACUACAGCACAGGUGACGCCUCAGGCUUCAAACGUCACGUUAUCUCCAUUCACACAAAGGACUACCCCCACCGCUGCCAGUUCUGCAGCAAGGGCUUCCGCAGGCCCUCUGAGAAGAACCAGCACAUCAUGCGGCACCACAAGGACAUGGUGCAGAAUGAGUGACCCUUUCACUGUAGCUUUCAUGCAGUCCAGGACCAGACCAUGGGUCAUGGCGGUGAACUGCUGCAACUGGGUUCACCUAAUCCGUGGGUGUAGUGACCAGUCUGCGGCCUUUCUGGGACAUUGUCAGUGUUGUGUCAGCAUUGUGUCGUCACUUCAGUCAGUACUGAUCGGGUUUAUUUUAUCUCCAUUCUGCCCAUAGACACUGUAGUCCAAGCUGUGUUCAUUGACAAAAGUGUGUGAGUUCAAGUGCCAUGAUGGCUUUUAAGGAUUGCGGUCCAGGUUGCCUGGGCGAGGUCUGAAGCCUCAGCUUUUCAAAAUCAUCAGCAGGUGUUUCCAGUCUAAUGGUUGCAUUAUGCUGGGUUUUAUUUUCUUGCAAAUUUUGAACCACAUCAACAGAGGACCCUUUGUAAAGAAUGAAAGAGAUCUGUUUUGAAUGAAUGAAUGGAUGGAUAGAGGGAUCAAGUCCUUUCCAUAUACAGUUUGCACUAAAUUUAAAUCUUAAUUUUUAUUGCAUCUUGAAGAGCAACACUGCCUAAAAUCUCUAACGUACUGAAAAGUGAUUGUUUUAGAUAUUCAGUAAUUGCAGUGUACUGUUUGUAAAUGGGUUUUUUUUAAUGCAGCAUUUUUUUUGAAGCACUUAAUUGCUCUCGCAUUAAGUCCCAGAACAAUCCAUUCCAGUUGUUUACAUGUGUUCACUAAUACUCUGAAAGUGACAGCCUGUGUGUACGUGAGGCCAAAAGAAAGACUGAUCCUCGGUGGUUUGGUGUGACUUGUGUCUGUAAUGCUUCACCUCUGACCUCUCACCUGUGAUUCUCCUGGUAUGAGGAAUCCCAUCAGCGUGUUAUGGAGCUUCCAUUAGUUUCCAGUACUGUUUUUUGGCAGUUGUAGAAAAGGUAGCUUCAUAGAGUAAUUGAGUACCAACCUUCAUAUACACUGGCUUCUCAACUUACAAACAUGAACAGGCUUCUGUGCUCACUUGUAAUGUGAUUUGUAUCUAAAAGUCACAAUGAGUAAAUGGUUAAUAAUACAGAUGACCCUCGAUUUAAUUUGUUACAUUCUGUAAAAUUCUUGGAUUUAGCUGAAAUAAAAGUAUUCUGUAAGACUUUAUUAUAUGGGCAACAGCUAGUGUAGUGUUAAAGUUGUGGCUUUUAGCAUGAAUUAAUAUGAAUAAUUUGCAAAGACUAGAAUGAGCGAAAAUACAUCUUCACAGAUUCCUGCUCAGUGUCAGUUGUGAGUUGAUUCAUUCCAUAAAUGUGCAGUUUUGGUCAUCUUGUAAUUGGUUUGUUAUUGCUUAUGUUCAGUGCCAUAAGAACUGGAAGCAGGUCCAGUGAGGCAGUACCACACUCUUAACUCCAUGUCACUCUUUCGCUCACGUUUACUGGCUGGAUGUGUAAAUGCUGGCGGCAAGUGAAAAUACAUGGGGAAAAUGUUUUCAAAUAUCUUUUUUUUUUUUUUUUUUUUAAGCGUUUGUAAAGAGGAGCCAGUGUAUUCAAGUCUCCAGGGCUGUUCAAGUGGCAGUUUGACGAGGCCUCACUACUUUCAGUGAUAGAGUGCUGUCAGACAACGUGGGCAGCUAUCAACCCCAUCCCCAUUCACUGUCUCACUGGCUGUUCCAUGUUCCUUUGCAGCAGCUCGAGUGUGUUUCAGCUCAAACUCUGUCAAGACAUGGGUAUAAAAAUGAUUUGACAGAAAGGAGGUUGCGAAAUACUGCCUUUGAAUAUGUAAUAGGUUAGUGAAGGUAUCAGAAUAUUUUAAGGUAUUUAAAUGGAAUGUACAAGCAGGUGGUUUCUGUGUCAAUUGCAUUUGCUAUUAAUUGGGUUUAAAAAUGAACAGCAUAGGGGUAGUAGGUAGUGUAGUGGUUAAGGACAGAAAGCCUGCUGUAGUACUUAAGCAUUGUUCCUAACCUGAAUUGCUCCACUAAGGUAAACAUGGGUAAAGUUAGGAACUGAUUUAGAUAAAUGUGUGGAACAACCCAAGCAAGAAAAUUAUAUUAAUACUAAUGAAGAUCUUCACUUCCCAUUAUUACAGAUAUGCUUUUGGGGCAAGAACCAAUAUACACUGCGUAUUAUUCCCAGGGCACCUACCGGGCAUCAUUAAUGUAGUGGAAGUGGAUUAGGUGUCAGAAUGUAUCAUGUAGUUCACAUAUAGAGAAAUUGCCUCCCUUUCUUGCUCAUAGAUGUCAUUUUUCCAAAGUCCUGCCCUGUGCUUGUUGAUUCUUUUUGUUUUAUUUUUACCAUUGUGCAAGUGUUUGUUACAUAGCUCUGUGUGAGGAGGACUUUUAAUAUAUAAGUUAUUUUGAGCACAAAAAUUUCAAAUCCAUGUGCAUAGGUGUUGACACUGGCCCACGAAGUGGCAGCAGUCAGUCAUGUCAUAGGUGUUCAUGAUAUAUUUGUAAAGAAAGAUGAAUAAAAACAGUAUUUUUUUUUUUUUUCCUGGUUGAACUUGCUUCCAUUGGAAUGUGCUUAUCGGAAAAUGUAGCUUGCGUCCCCACCCUGGCUUGUGUGACCUAAUCUUUAUCGAAAUUGAUUUCAUUGUUUCAGUGACCUCUAUGCUUUGGCUAACACUGUAUAAAGGGAGUUUGUUCUGCAGCAGAAACAUUUCAUAUUUUAACAGCCGAAUAACAAGUUUGAUAUUCAAAGGCUUAAAUACCUUUUGAUAUUUUCUUUCGAACCAGGCAACCGUUGUGCUCUACUACUUUGAUCAGCGAGUGAAGGGUUUAUUUACAUGCUGAUGAGGCUGAUAAAGAGAAGACUUUGUACAGUAUGUGUUGGUGUCAAGAACAACAAAGUAGAACAAAUAGUGUCGUAGAGACCAGGGCAGUACUUGGAGGCAGGGAUAAGGACAGGUGUGUGUUGCUCUGCGGGUCCUGGAGACC